GAUGGAAAACGCACUGCGGAGUUGAGUCAAAGAUUGAAUAUCUUGGUAUAAUAGAAUUUAUUUGGUUGUGCUAGAUUGGUACUUGACUGCCUUGUACAGCCAGUAUCCCAGCAUUCAUGCUCAAUCUCCACUGAGUGGAGAGAAUCUUUUUCCGGCUACACCUGAAACAACCAGGAAGUGUUGUGCUAUUAAUCCAGUUUGAGGUAUCCCAAUGAGCUCCUUCCCUCUAAAUAGUUAUUAAUCCUUUUACCCGAAGGAGGAAAAAUCGGGAUUAAAAUGUGUUUAAAUUAGGGCAGCUCUGAUGUUCGACGUUUUUGCAGAAGAUUUUGUUUACUGCAUUGGAAUUCGGAAGUAAGGGAUAUAGACAUUGAACUCCUCAAGUUUUGGUUUGGUUUGGUGUAGUCGAGGUACUAAAGGUGCAAUGGGAUGCUGUGGCAGCAAAGAGGGAUCAACACGAGAAUGGAAACCUUUAGAGGAUAGGAGUUGUACAGACAUUCCAUGGCUACUGAUAUUUGUUCUUUUCUGUGUUGGAAUGGGAUUCAUCUGCGGAUUUGCAGUCGCAACUGGAGCAGCAGCAAGGCUAGUGUCUGGCUAUGACAGCUAUGGAAACAUCUGUGGUCAGAAGAAUACAAAAGUAGAAGGAAUAGAAUACAGUGGGCUCGAUCAGACGAAAAAUAAAUAUGUCUUCUUCUUAGAUCCAUGCAACCUUGACAUUGUUAAUAGAAGAAUCAAAUCUAUUGCUUUGUGCGUGUCAGAAUGUCCAAGUACAGAGUUACACACUUUAAAAGAGGUGCAGGAAUUUGGAAAAAACAACGGGUCAAAACUCUGCUCCUAUCAACUAGAGGUUUCUAAAUAUACCACUGACCCAGAGUCAUCCAAGUUAUGCCCAAAACUUCCUGUGCCACCAAGCAAGUCAAUCCCACUGUUCCAUCGCUGCACCCCGGUUGACGUCUCUUGCUAUGCCAACUUUGCUGAGGCCUUGAUCACCUUCGUUAGUGACAACAGUGUUCUGCACAGGCUUAUCAGCGGAGUCAUGACCAGCAAAGAAAUAAUAAUAGGACUCUGCUUUCUAUCACUAGUUCUGUCCAUGAUUCUAAUGGUCAUCAUUCGAUAUAUCUCUACAGUACUUGUUUGGAUAUUAACUGCUUUAGUGGUUCUUGGAUCAAUUGGAGCCACAGGUGUUCUUUGGUGGUUAUAUGUGGAUCACAGGAAGUCCUUGACUGACAAACUGCCAGCAGAUCAGCUUGAAGUAUCCAGAGAUAAUGUUCAGGCUCUCCUGGUUUAUGCAAUUGCUGCUACAGUUUUCACGGUGAUCCUGUUGCUGUUGAUGUUAAUAAUGCGCAAAAGAGUGGCUCUUACAAUUGCGCUGUUUCAUGUGGCCGGAAAAGUUUUUAUCCACCUUCCGCUGCUUGUCUUCCAGCCAUUUUGGACAUUUUUGGCUUUGAUGUUCUUCUGGAGUUACUGGGUUAUGGUUUUACUCUUCCUGGCAACUACAGGAGAUCCUGUUAAGAACGAACAAGGCUUUGUAGAAUUCAAAAUGUCUGGCCCUUUGCAGUACAUGUCUUGGUAUCAUUUUGUUGGUUUGAUCUGGAUAAGUGAGUUCAUUCUAGCUUGUCAGCAGAUGACUGUGGCUGGUGCUGUUGUAACAUAUUAUUUUACAAGGGAUAAAGCAAAUCUUACCCUUCCUAUACUCGAAUCUGUGUUUCGGCUCCUUCGUUACCAUAUUGGUACAGUUGCUAAAGGCUCCUUCAUCAUCACAUUAGUAAAGAUUCCUCGAUUGAUACUCAUGUACAUUCACAGCCAGCUGAAGGGAAAAGAAAACGCUUGUGCCCGAUGCAUUUUGAAGACUUGUAUCUGCUGCUUGUGGUGCCUAGAGAAGUGCCUAAAUUAUUUAAACCAGAAUGCAUAUGCAGCCACAGCUAUCAACAGUACAAAUUUCUGUACCUCUGCCCGUGAUGCAUUUGUAAUUCUGGUGGAGAAUGCAUUGAGAGUCGCUGCUAUCAAUACAAUUGGGGAUUUUGUUCUGUUUCUAGGAAAGGUUUUAAUAGUGUGCACCACAGGCUUUGCAGGUGUAUUGGCUCUGAACUACCAGCGGGAUUACACAGUCUGGGUGCUCCCUCUUAUUAUCGUCGGCCUAUUUGCUUUCCUUGUUGCCCACUGCUUCCUGUCCAUAUUUGAAAUUGUGGUGGAUGUUCUUUUCCUGUGUUUUGCUAUUGAUACAAAAUACAAUGAUGGGACUCCUGGUAAGGAGUACUACAUGGAUAAGGCUCUUAUGGAAUUUGUGGAAAAUAGCAGAAGAUCAAUGCAAGACAAAAGCCGGGGGGGCAGACCAAACUCUGCUGAUGGCAGAGAACUUAAACCAAUGGCCACUGGAGCAAGUUCAGCUUGACCAAAACCACCUAUGGGACUUUAGACCUUCCAAAUGAUGAUUGUUGUUGUUUUUUUUUUUUUUUUUUUAACCAGUGUGUACCAUGUUUACUAUGCUUUCACCCCAGGGAAUACAAUCUUUUAUAAUAACGAUAUUUACCAUACUUAACAACGUAGUCGCCAUUAUAUAUCAAAGGUUCUUCAUAGUUUCACUGCUGGUGGAUUUUUUUUUUAAGAUGCCAAAUAUCAAGGAAUCUCCUUGUUUUGUAAGUAAGUCUUUUUGCAUUAACAUUAUGUAUAUACAUAAGCUUUGGUUAUAACACUCCACACAUUCAUUCCUUUACCUAUAUAACAUCAAUAACUAAGUAAUUUCACAUUUUAUACAUUCAUUGGUUGCCAGCAUAACUGUGUGUGGGUUACAGUUUAACUGAAUGAAUAUAUAUAUAUAUAUAUAUAUAUAUAUAUAUAUAUAUAUAUAUAUAUAUAUAUAUAUAUAUAUAUAUAAUGUAUGUAUUAUUUUAUUUCAGGGUAAGGAUUUUGUCAUUUGUACUAUUUCACAACGUGGAGUCAUGGUUCCCGAGUGACACAAUGAGCAAUAAGAGAAUACUUAUUAUAAAGGGACCUCUUUAUACAUGCACUAGUUUAUCAAGCUGAUUUUAUAAUAGUGAUGAAAAACACUACAGAUUUUUUAAUGCAGUACUUGGAUACAGAAUGAUUUAUAAUUUGUGCAACAAUGUCGGACUGUAGUGAAAACUUGGUUGUAUGUGGGCAAUGAUAUGCUAAGGUAAAAGGUCUAUGACAGAGUAACUCUGUGAGGUCACCGGAGGUUUGUUCAAUGUCAACAUUUAAGUAGAAUUGAAAAUAAUUCAAAACAACAAUGUUGCGCAAAUUAUGAAUCGCCCUGUAUUAACAUAAGUGGUUAAUUGUCUUGAGUAUAACAAGUUGGAGAAAUGGAGGAAUGAUUUAUCAUCUUUGGAAACCUGCUUUAACCAGUUAGGAAGGCAUUACCUCCUGUUGGAUGUCAUGAUGAUUAUGCAUUGCUAAGAGGAGUUCUGAAAUCACAGUACAAAGAGUUGGUUAUGAAGUUUGCCUUAAGAAAAUACACACUGUAGGUUUGAUGUUGUUACCUGUGUGCAUCUUUUAAAAUCAGGGUUUAAAAAUUGUUGAGACUGGGCCAAGAAGAUGUAUAUCUUUUUUUUUUUUACGGUUCUCGGACAGAACCUUAAACUAACCCCAUGUGACCCUACAAUUGUUUGUAUACUUCUAUCCUAGUCAGCUCUAGUGAUAAUGGUUUUCAAACAGGUCUGUACUGGUAAGCGGGUCUGUCGCUUCGGACAACUAAUCCAUUGGCUUUCUCACUUGAGCUGAUGUUGAUGAGUCACACAGGUAGUGUAUUUUUGUAUCCUUGUUACUAUUGGUUUAUGAGCAUAGACAACUGUUUAUAUCUUAAACAUAUGCAAAUAUUUUCACAGAUCAAAAAAAAAUAUCUUGUUCCACUAACAAUAUGUAUUUUUGGCCUUAAUUUGAUGUCUGUAUGGUUGUCUCAGAAAAUCUGACUUGAUAUCUGAGCUAGAGAGCAGUUGACUAAUACUGUAAAAUGUUUUUUUUCUCUGUUUAAUCACAAUAGAACUCUGUUUUAUGGUAGAGAAAUUCGAUUUCAAUGUAUGUAUAUUUACUAUUAAUGAUGGGCAGAUCGGAAGUUGUUUUUUUCUAAUUUAACACUUAUUUUAGGUGAAUUAUUGUUGCAAGCAACUAAUGCUUGCUUUUUAUAUAAAUUCUUAUGUAUCUCUUUUUUAAAAUAAAGAUAGAACAUUUUCA